GUGAGUGAGUCUGUGACAGAGAGAGAAACUGAAUUAUUAUUACUUUUAAAGUAAAAAAAAGAAAAAAAAAAUGGGACUAAGUCAAUCCUUAUUAUCCCUCCUACUGCUUCCAUCUCCCUCUCUUUCUCUUCCUCCUCCAAACCCUAAAUCAAUCAGUUGUUGCAUAACUCAAAGCUUCAAUUUCCUCCAAAUAUUUUGCAGAUCCGACUCUUAUCACAUCACUCUUUGCUUUUGCUUUGAACCAGAAUUCGUAUAACUACUCAGUUUAGGGGUUGGGCUUUGACUUUUUGAGUUGGUGUUUUGUCACAACAACUAAAAGAGGAACACCGUUUAAGUACUAUUGCAAUAGCAUAGGUAUAUUCAUGGAGGGGAAUUCCGGUGGUGGAGGAGGAGGAGGCGUAGCUGCUGGUGCUACUGGUGUCAGUGGUGGUGGUGGAGGUGCAGGAAAUGAUGUGGAGCUGAUGUGUAAAACGCUGCAGGUAGAGCAUAAGCUUUUCUAUUUUGAUCUGAAGGAAAAUCCACGUGGGCGUUACUUGAAGAUAUCUGAAAAGACGUCCGCCACAAGGUCUACCAUAAUCGUUCCUUUCUCUGGAAUUUCUUGGUUUUUGGAUCUCUUCAAUUACUAUGUUAAUUCUGAUGAUCAGGACCUUUUUAGCAAAGAAUUGCAGCUUGACACCAAGUACAUUCUUCUUGUAACUGCUCUAAUAAACAUAUACAUGCAGGUAUCUGAAGCUUCUGUCAGUAGAAAUCGCAGUACUAUUAUUGUUCCAGCUGGAAGUGCACGGGAUGAGGGUUGGGCAGCAUUCAGGAAUAUUUUGGCGGAGAUCAAUGAAGCAUCAAGGCUCUUUAUGCUACCCAACCAGCAAAGUUCUGAAUCAUCAGAGCGUCUUGUUGGCCUGUCUGAUGAUGUUGGGGCUGGCUUCAUAUCUGGGCACAGUAGCCAACCUGCUCCAGCAUCUGAAUUGAAUGUAGAUAGGUCAGUUGAACUUGCGCCACAGGAAGAAAUUGGGAAUUUGGGGGUCUCAAAGGUAAUCAGAGCUGACCAGAAGAGAUUCUUCUUUGAUCUUGGUAGCAACAACAGAGGUCAUUUCCUGAGGAUUUCUGAGGUUGCUGGUUCUGAUAGGUCGUCCAUAAUUCUUCCGCUAUCUGGGCUGAAGCAGUUUCAUGAGAUAGUGGGUCAUUUCGUGGAGAUCACAAAAGAGAGAAUUGAAGGAAUGACAGGUGCAAAUGUUCGCACUGUGGAUCCCCCUCAGAGAUGAAUGUGCAGAAACAAAAUAGUAUUAUUAUAUUUGCUUUGAUGCUGCAAAUAGGUGUUUGAUUAGGGGGUGCAGUUGUGUUUAGUUGGUUUCUUGUUAAAAUUCUUACCUCUUCUCAUUCAAGUCUAUAAAUAAUCCGACCCGAUUUAUCUGUUUGAUGAGCAGAGAAAAGUUACGGAGCUGGUAGUCGGUCAGUAGCUUUAAAUAGGGGAAUAACAGAGGAAGCGCAUCAGAUAUUUAUUUGUAACUGUCGGUUUGAUAGUGUGGCUAUGGCACCCUUUGUUACAUUUUCAAUAAUGCUGAUUCCAGUUUCAAUGCCUAAUGGUGGUUGAUGCUCCUUUAGCUUGUACUUAUUCAGGUAUUGGGUUGUAACUAUUGACUUUUGUGUAAUUGCAAAAAUGACAGACUUCUCUUUCUUUCCC